AUGCCUCGCGGCAACGCGCUGUCCCAGCCUUCCACCUCCCGGGCGGCCUUAGAGGCGCAGCUGCCGAAGAAGCGGGGGCGGCCGUCGCUGUCGGACCUCAUCCUCCGCGCCGUCUGCGUCUCCACGGCUCGCAAAGGCGCCUCGCUGGCUCUCAUCAAGAAGACGCUGGCCACCGAGGGAUACGAUGUGGUGAGGAACAGCGGCCGCCUCAAGGCGGCGCUCGGCGCUUUGGUCACCAAGGGGCUCCUGCGGCGUGUGACCGGCACGGGCAUCGCCGGCUCGUUCCGUAUCGGUCGCGUCGGUAAGGAGCGCAUGGAGGGAGCCGCGCGGCGCGGGAGGGCGGCCGGCGAAACCCGCCAGCGCCCCGCGGGGAAGACGAAGGGCCCGAGGCGCGCUGUCAAAGCCACCCCGCAGCGGCUGAAGAAGCCGAGAAGACCGCGGGGCAAGGCCGCGGUGGCACCAGCGGAGCCGGCGGCCGAGGGUCCGGAGGCAACCGAGCGCCCGGAGACGGCGGCGGCGGCGGCGGCCGAGGAGGAGCGUUAG